CCCGGCCUCCUGACGCCGCCAGCGCCCGCUCGCAUUCACGUGUCCGCGGCCCGCCCCGCCUGGGGGCGCCUUGGCGCUGACUCUGAGCCCGGGCCGGAGCCCGGACGGCGGCGGCUGGCGGCAAUGCUGGUGCUGGCGGGUGAGCGUCCGGCGGCGCCGGGCCCGAGUCUUGGCGUGUGACAGCCGGGCCGCGACAGCCUCCCCGGGACGGGACGCCCGGGACCCAGCCUCGGACACGGGCAUCUGAGACCGUGAGGAGAGGAGACGAGGCGGGGCGCUCCCACUCCCGCUGAGCGCAGAGGCCGCUCUGGCACCGCGCAGGACCCCAGUCAGGCUCGCCGCCACCCUCCGCCGGCGUCCGGUCUAGAGCAAGACCCUCCCCAGACCCCCGACCAGAGCUCCGCUCCCCUAACGGUUUCUUCUUGGCAUCCUCCUCCCGAGCGCCCCCCCCCCAAGUCCCCGCAGUGCCUGGAGUAAUGACCCCACCUUGUUAACCACAGUUGUCUGUGUUUGGCACAAGGACCUUGGACUGGGACCCUGGGCUCGGUAACGGUGGGCCCAUCCGAGACCCGCUGUGCCUCUGUCUGUCCGAGGGGCCACCUGCCCUUGAAUGGGAAGAGUUCUUUAAUGCCACCCAAGGAACUUGUACAUAUGGAGGGGCGGAAGGCAUGAGCGCAGCUGGCCCCACGGCUCCCGGGGUCCCGGGCUGCACGGCCGAGGCGAGGCCGGCGGAGCCUGAGCCAGCACACGCGGGCUGCCGGUCUUUCCCCGCUGCCCACCUGUGAGCCAGAGACGGUCUCCGCGUGGGUUUGCAUUCUCCUCGAUCGCGGGCCCGUGCGGUGUGUCGUCUGCAGCAGUAUCAUCCCAGCCUGCGGCCCCUGCCGAGAGGCAACUUCCUCCAGUUCAAAAGCAGCAGAUCCCAGGCUGGGCCUCCGGAAUUCCUCGUCGUCCCCACGGAGUGUGUCACAGUGGGAGAGAUUUCCAGCUGUGCUCUUUUCAGUAAACAGUGUCACUGUCUGUCUGUCUGUCUCAGAAAUGGAAGCAGCUGUCGAGGUUACAGCGGAACGUGGUCCUCUUCCUGCUGGCGUUCCUGAUGCUCUGCGGCCUCCUGCCCUACAUCAGCGUGGCCGACGAGUGGAAAGCCGUGGGCAGCAGGUCGGCAGAAGGGCCGAAGAUGAGACCCGCAAAUCCACCCGUCUUGCCAGCUCCUCGGAGAGCAGCUGAGAACCCGGAAACCUUCGCGGGGGUGUCCCCUCAGAAGCCUCCAAGGCAUUUCCGACGGGGACCCCCCAACCUGCAGAUUAGAGCCCCCGAUGGAGACGCCAAGGACAGGAGGCAGGAAGAGGCCCAGAGGAGGGCAGAGGCGGUGGGCCAGGGUCCCCGGGAAGACGAGGCGCAGGGAAGCCGCGUCAGCCGGAGGGGCACAGGGCCCGAACCGGAGCAGGGCACCCAGCUGCCUCUGAGAAAGGCAGAGGCCCCCGCCAGGCCUUCCCUGCAGGCCCUCAGGACGAGGAACAGUCCAGCCUCGCAGAACGAGCGCCAGAAGGCCGUGGUCGCCGCCUUCCGCCACGCGUGGGCCGGAUACCGCAAGUUCGCCUGGGGCCACGACGAGCUGAAGCCCGUGUCCAAGUCCUUCAGCGAGUGGUUCGGCCUCGGCCUCACGCUGAUCGACGCCCUGGACACCAUGUGGAUUUUGGGUCUGAAGAAAGAAUUUGAAGAAGCCAGGAAGUGGGUGUCCCAGAGGUUAUUGUUUCAGAAAAACGUGGACGUCAACCUGUUUGAGAGCACCAUCCGGAUCCUGGGGGGUCUUCUGAGCGCCUUCCACUUGUCCGGGGAUGUCCUCUUUCUGAAAAAGGCUGAGGAUUUUGGAAAUCGGUUAAUGCCUGCGUUCCAAACACCCUCUAAGAUUCCGUACUCCGACGUAAACAUCGGCACUGGAGUUGCCCACCCACCGCGUUGGACCUCUGACAGCACGGUGGCCGAGGUGACAAGCAUUCAGCUGGAGUUCCGAGAGCUCUCUCGUCUCACGGGAGUUAAGAAAUUUCAGGAGGCCGUGGAGGAGGUGACCAGGCGCGUGCACUCCCUGCGCGGGAAGAAGGACGGGCUGGUGCCCAUGUUCAUCAACACCAACAGCGGGCUCUUCACCCACCUGGGCGUGUUCACCCUGGGCGCCAGGGCCGACAGCUACUACGAGUACCUGCUGAAGCAGUGGAUCCAGGGUGGGAAGAAGGAGACGCAGCUGCUGGAAGACUACCUCGAAGCCGUGGAGGGAAUCAAAAAGCACCUGCUGCACAGAUCUGAACCCGGCAAGCUGACCUUCGUGGGGGAACUCGCCCACGGCCGCUUCAGCGCCAAGAUGGACCACCUGGUGUGCUUCCUGCCAGGGACGCUAGCUCUGGGCGCCCACCACGGCCUGCCUGCCGACCACAUGGAGCUGGCCCGGGCGCUCAUGGACACCUGCUACCAGAUGAACCGUCAGAUGGAGACGGGGCUGAGCCCCGAAAUCGUGCACUUCAACCUGCACCCCCAGAAGUCCCGUAAGGACGUGCAGGUCAAGGCGGCCGACAGACACAACCUGCUGCGGCCCGAGACGGUGGAGAGCUUGUUCUACCUGUACCGCCUCAUGGGCGACCGCAAGUACCAGGACUGGGGCUGGGAGCUCCUGCGAAGCUUCAACAACGUCCCCUCCGGCGGCUAUUCUUCCAUCAGCAACGUCCAGGACCCCCGUAAUCCCCAGCCCAGGGACAAGAUGGAGAGCUUCUUUCUGGGGGAGACGCUCAAGUACCUGUAUCUGCUCUUCUCCGACCACCCAGACCUGCUCAGCCUGGGAACACGUAAGCCUACUUAUGUGUUCAACACGGAGGCUCACCCCCUGCCCAUCUGGGCCCCCUCCUAGGUCGGGACGGCUCCCAAGUGGGUGCUGCCCGGGGGACUGAUGAGUCCUGUCAUCGAGGGUGCCUGUCGGCAAGACCCUGGCCCUGACCUUGGCUGUGUGGUGUCCACCCAGCCGGCUGGACGUGCUCCAGGCCGGGCUGAUGACAGAGGCCAGCGGCAACUGGGCCAGGACGUUUCAGGGCCUCAUAGCUGCUUGGGGUGGCCGCUGGGCUUCUGGUGCUCUGCCACUGGUUCUGGGCUCCUUGCCUGGUUCUCAUCGGGGCACCGUUAGGAACAAGUAGGAAUAAAUCAGCGCUGUGAUUCAGGGAGGUCCCGUCCACCCGGGGAGCCUCUUCCUUCUUCCUGAGAAAAUCAAAUCGUGACUACAUUCCUGAAACCUAAAUGCCCUCCUGCUGGCCGUGCAGGGCUUCCUAGGGGUCCUGGGCCCUCUGGUCACCCUGGGCCACACUGGGUCCCCAGAGCCCAUGAUGAGAUCAGAGACAGGUGCUGCGGGGACAGCCUGGGUACAGCUCAGCCUCGGGGCCUCACAACCUGUGAACACGCCCCAACCUGGGCUCUCAGGGGGCGUCCGUGACCUCAUGGGGAUCCGGGCCCCUGGCUGGCUGUGGUGUUUACACGUUGGACUCAG